AUGGUGGUGCUGUGCCAAUGGCAAACGGUUAUUCCGAUCAUCAUCAUCGUUUUCAUCACUAUGAACGAUAUUUUACCAUCUCAUGGACUUUACACAGAUGUUACAAAUUCUGUUGGGUUAACAACUCAACACGUACAACUACAUGCUUUUGGCGAUUUCAAUUCUGAUAAUUCCGUCGAUUUGUUCAGCCUUGAUGAGUCUAACAAACAGUUAAGCGUGCUGCUAUGGGAUCACCAAGCCCUGAAAUUUAUCAAGGGUAAAGCCGAGAUUGAAAUGGAUAGCGAUCAAUACAUUACUGCGGUUAUUCCUGGUGACUAUGAUGCUGAUGGAAACUUGGAUGUAUUAAUCGCAUAUCAGAGUACAUCAAUAUCUAAAGUUCCUGUUUUACGUUUUUUCAUAGCGGAAGAUAUCAACUUCGAAGAUAAGUUAUGGGAUCAACCUCUGGUGUUGGAUCUUAACGGCGACCUAAUCCCUGAUAUUUUUGAAGCUAAUUUUGAUUCUGGGUAUCGAUACUUCUGGAUAGCGAAUGAUAAAAGAAACUUUACGAAACAAUCAAUGGAGUCUUUCACCGUAAAUAAUAAACCAGCAUUAAAUCCGAUAAGAAUUCCGAAUUCUAAUGCUUAUGUUGAUUUAAAUCAAGACCACUUUGCUGAUUUAUUCAUAACUACCACAUUGCCGAAUAAUGAUAAAGAAUUCCGUUUUGAAAUUUGGCAAAAUAAGUGGCAUCUUGUAUUUGACAAUUUUGUUAUUAAUGGGAAAAAUUUUGGCUUUGUUUCGGAUUCCUACUCCAACAAUCCCAGCAAAUCAGUGCCUAUAACCCUUAGAAUUGGAGAUUACAAUCUAGAUGGCUUUCCCGAUGCAAUCGCUGUUUUAGAAAAUAAGGACAGCGGUACGAGGGAUGUUUCUACAUUCUUGUUCACAAAUGUUCCUUGUUUUGACUCCAAAAAAUGCCACAGCUAUAGCAGAAUAUUUUCGGUCAAUGUUAAUUCUAUGGGAAUUUUGGAUAUUCUGGUCAAUUCAUUCUCAAAAGAUACGAACAAAUUUUCGUUGCACGCGUUUAAGAAUGAUUUUGCGGGGGAUGCUACGUUUUUGAAAGUCACUGUUAUUGGAGGAUAUUGUCCAUCUGCGAAAAAUAGUAAGCUAUGUGGAGUAAACUUGCCAAGUUGCACACUACAAUAUCAGACUGUCCAAGCUAGCGGAGAAAUUAUACGUGGCAGCGUUACUCAAUUAAGUCAAACAGCAUAUACCGCUUUACAGCUACCAUUUAUUGUCUUUGGUCUCGGGCAGACACCAAAUUUUGUUGAUUACUUGUCAGUGUCGCUACCUAGAAAUUCAGCACAGAAAAGAGAACAUACAUGGUCUUCCAUCAUACCAAAUUCUCAACUAAUUGUCAUUCCACAACCACCUGCUGUUCCUAAAAAUUGUCAAGUCGACUUGUAA